GAGCAAUUGAGAUAACGAAGAAAAUUGUCGAUUGCUCUUAUCACAAAUUCGCUGUUUCUAAUCGACUUUGCUAGAAGAAAAAAAAAAUAGAAUCGUAAGAAGUUAGACAAAUGCGUCGUAUCAGACAAAGGCGGCAACAACUACAAUAACAAACACGCUUCGUUAAAACUCUAGGUCGAUUGUAGAGCUUCACAUUAUUCCACUUGCAGUCGAGGUGAAAGUAUCAAAUUUUCGGUGUCUUAUUAUUGGAAAGAAAACGAACAAACACAGUGUGAUUAUUUUUUAUUCAUUUGAAAUGUCAGCGAAACGUAAGUCAGUGAUAAUUAUUGGAUCGGGAGCGGGUGGUACGUCGUUGGCUGCUCGUUUGGCGCAUCAAGGAUUCGAUGUGACGGUUUAUGAAAAAAACGAUUUUAGUGGUGGACGUUUAUCGUUGAUCCACAAAAAUGGGCAUCGAUUCGAUCAAGGGCCAUCGUUGUAUUUGAUGCCAAAAUUGUUUGAGGAAACGUUCAGUGAUCUCGGCGAAAAGGUGUCCGACCAUUUGGAUUUGCUGAAAUGUGAAACCAAUUAUUUGGUUCAUUUUCAUGAUGGCGACCAAUUUGAGCUGAGCUGUGACUUGGCCAAGAUGUGUGAACAACUGAAAAACUACGAGGGUGACGAUGAACAAACUGUAUUGAGAUUCAUGGAUUUCCUGAAAGAAACACACAUCCAUUACGAACGUAGUGUUGACAUUGCACUCAGACGCAGCUUUCCGAAUUGGUACGAUGAAUUUCAACUGAAGCACCUUCCAAAUCUCUUCAAACUCCACUUGUGGGACACCGUUUACAAUCGCACCAAAAAAUUCUUCCUCAGCGACAAAAUGCGCAAAGCAUUCACAUUUCAAUCAAUGUAUAUCGGUAUGUCACCUUAUGACGCACCAGCUCCCUACAGUUUUCUCUCGUAUACCGAGUUUGCCGAGGGAAUUUUCUAUCCACGUGGCGGAUUCCAUAAAGUGGUCGAAGAGUUGGAGAAAAUCGCGACGAAAAAAUUUGAUGCGAAAUUCGUAUACAAUACGGGCAUCGAAAAGAUCAUUGUCGAUGAGAAUCAGGUGGUCAAAGGUGUUCGCUUGGAAAAUGGCGAAGAAAAGUAUGCAGAUUUGGUCGUGUGUAAUGCAGAUUUGGUUUACGCCUACAAUAAACUAUUGCCACCUACACCAUACGGAAAAAGUCUGGGCGAAGACAGCCAAUUCACGUCAUCGUCGAUUUCAUUCUACUGGGGAAUGAAGCGAAAAAUGCCAGAGUUUCAUGUCCACAACAUUUUCUUGGCCGAAGCGUACAGUCGCAGUUUCGAUGACAUAUUCAAGAGACACCUUUUGCCCGAAGAUCCAUCAUUUUAUAUUAAUGUUCCGUCGCGUAUCGACCCAUCAGCUGCGCCUGAAGGUAAAGAGACACUUGUCGUGCUAUUGCCUAUCAGUCAUAUCACACCGGAGAAUGAAAAUCGCAUCGAUGAAUUGUUGAAAAUUGCACGAGCCAGAGUCAUUAAAACCAUUGAAGCGCGUUUGAAGAUUGGCAAUCUUGAGGAGCUCAUCGAGACGGAAAUAAUCAAUGACCCACGUACAUGGCAAGCCAAAUUCAAUUUGUGGAAAGGAUCUAUUCUUGGACUAUCGCACAAUAUCACUCAAGUGUUGGCACUUCGACCAAAAAUACGAAGUCAUCUGUUCAAGAAUUUGUACUUCGUUGGAGCUUCGACGCAACCAGGAACGGGCGUACCAAUUGUUUUGGCCGGUGCCAAAAUGGUUGAAAAGGAAAUCAUGGAAGAUGUUGGUAUGAUUGAACGUGUCGAUGAUAGACCCACAAUUUUCUUUCAAUAUAUCCUGUUUGUGCUCUUCAUCAUUGCGAUUGCUUACUUGAUUUCAAGUUUGUUUUAGAUUUUCUAAAUGGCUUGUUGUUGACAAAUAAUUAAUCCUUAAUUCGCACGAACUACUUCUUUUUCUUUCAAUCCCAGUAAUUACUUUGAACAUGUAUUCAGAAAGCCCAGUUUACAUAGUAUUUUAUUAAAUUCCAUUUAUUUUUUUGUAACAAAUAAUGUUCUUUUUGUAUCCUGUUUUUUUCACAUCAAAUAAAUGUCUAUGUUGCAUGAGAACAAAGGUGGUGUAUAAA